AUGGGAGCUGAGAAGAAAUGGCUGUUCAUCCUGUUUUCGGGGGCUUUCAUCACUUUCCUAAUAUUCCUGUCCUUCAUAAUGGGCUUCAGCUUCCCGUAUUACUACGGUCUGCCGCCGCACAAGCAGUUCGCGACCACGGUGAAUCACGGGCCGGGCCACCCGCCGUCCUUUGCUUACUACAUAUCGGGCUCAAGAGGCCAGGGCGAGAGGCUGUUCCGCCUCCUGCUGGCGGUGUACCACCCGAGGAAUAGGUAUCUGCUGCAUAUAUCGGCCGACGGUAGUGAUGAGGAGAGGCUCAGGUUAGGGACGCUGGUGAAAUCCGUGCCGGCCGUCCGGGCCUUUGGGAAUGUGGAUGUGAUUGGGAAGCCCGAUCCGAACACGUACAUGGGAUCCACGAACCUGGCGGCUGUCCUCAGGGCGGCGGCGGUUUUGCUGAAGCUGGACGGUGGUUGGGAUUGGUUUAUUACUCUCAGCGCCAUGGAUUACCCGCUGGUCACGCAGGAUGACAUGUCCCAUGUGUUCUCGUCAAUUAGGAGAGACCUGAACUUUAUCGAUCACACUAGUGACCUGGGAUGGAAAGAAGGUCAAAGGAUUCAACCGAUUGUAGUGGAUCCGGGUGUUUAUUUGGCCCGGAGGGCUCAAAUAUUUCACGCAACUGAAAAGCGGCCAAUGCCAGAUGCUUUCAAGGUGUUCACAGGUUCACCAUGGGUUGUCUUAAGUCGAUCCUUCCUCGAAUAUUGCAUCUUCGGCUGGGACAACCUACCUCGUACCCUUCUAAUGUACGCCACAAACGUCGUUCUAGCCCAAGAGGUCUACUUCCACUCUGUCAUCUGCAAUUCCCAAGAAUUCAAAAACACAACCGUUAAUGCUGACCUUCGGUAUUUCGUGUGGGACGAUCCACCCAAGAUGGAGCCUCAUUUUCUCAACGUCUCUGAUUAUGACGAGAUGGUCCAGAGUGGAGCUGCUUUCGCCCGACAAUUCGAGAAGGAUGGGCCUGUCUUGGACAUGAUAGACAAGAAUAUUCUCAUGCGGGCCCGUAAUCGGGCUACGCCUGGUGCGUGGUGCACGGGCCGGAGGAGCUGGUUGAUGGACCCGUGUUUGCAGUGGGGGGACGUUAACGUUGUGAAGCCAGGCCCACAGGCGAAGAAGUUUGGGGAGUCGAUCGAUAAGCUUCUCGAUGAUCUGAACAUGAAUUCGAGCACGUGCUUGUGA